AUGGAAACGCUCCGUGGAGCAAAUAUUUCGCUAGCUGCUCCAGGCGAUGGCAGGCAUGUCAAGAAGUUGUGCUCCUUGCCAACCAACCAAAUGCGCAGAGGCGGCAAAGCAAAAAGGGGCUGGUGCAGAUCGAGAGUUGAGUCCCAAUCCCACGCCAAGCGCCGAACCAUUCAGCGCAGCCAGACCAUAUGUUGGCUCGGUGGCCGAAACUUAAUCGCCCCGGAUUCUAGAAGGGGACCAAACGCCGAUGAUUUGCCAAGUUGCUCAAUGCUCAGGGUGUCUCGGGCGUCUGGGCUGUCUCAUCCUUCUCCUGGAAAGUACUACGGCAAGAGAGAUUGGUCGGGCCGAAGCGAUCUAAGGUCGAUGGGGAAGGUCCUCGACACUGGAGAGCCCUUCGGUACUCUGGACCAAGCAUACGGACAGGAAUUCCGGUUACUGGCGGAAGGCGCUGCGAUCAGAGGGGACAGCGUUGUAUCUACAAAGCCUAAAGUUCCAAGCACAAGAAAGACUUAA